GUGUGUUUCAGUAGGACGUCAAUGAGUGGUGCACACCAAGACAUCACCAAGCCAAAGAGCAGGAAGUCGCCUUCACGAGUUGCUGUUGUAACUCUCAGAAGACGCUAUUGUACUCCUCUCUAGUGCACGUGGCCAAUGAGACAUCCAACAGCUGAUUAGUCAGCAAGAAGAAUGUUCCCCUCAGCCACAGGGUGGGAGCUAAAGCCUGUUAAGGAGGAAGAGGGGGAGCCACAGCCCACCCACGUUAAAGAGGAAGAGGAGGAGCCACAGCCCACCCACAUUAAAGAGGAAGAAGAGGAGCCACAACCCCCCCACAUUAAAGAGGAAGAGGAGGAGCAACAGUCCACCCACAUUAAAGAGGAAGAGGAGGAGCCACAGCCCCACCACAUUAAAGAGGAAGAGGAAGAACUCUGGAUCACCCAGGAGGGAGAGCAUCUUCUAGGGCCAGAGGAGGCUGAUCUCACCAGGUUGCCACUGACUGGUGUCUCUGUGAAGACAGACGACCAUGAAGACAAACCACCUGAGUCCUCACAGCUUCAUCAUAGUCCAAGUGAGGAGAUGAGAGAGGCGGAGCCUUCAUGCAGCAGCUCACUGCAACACAUGACAACAGAAGCUGAUGGAGACCACUGUGGAGGAUCACAAGCAGACAACCUCUUAGCUCCACUGUCAGAUAGUGACGACACGACGUCACACUCUCCUGAAGAUGAAGACAGCGACUACAACCAAGAAUCUCUGAGCAGCGAUACAGACUGGGAAGGUGAUAUGACGACUCACACUGGCAACAAACACUCUGAAAGCUCGAAAAAGAAGACCGCUAAACCUUUUAACUGCUCCGUUUGUCAGAAAGGAUUUUCUUGUAAGAGUAAAUUGACUCGACACAUCAAAACACACACAGGAGAAAAACCUUUCAGUUGCUCAGACUGUGGUAAAUGCUUCAAUUUAAAGACACACAUGCAAUCUCACAUGAGAACGCAUACAGGAGAAAAACCUUUUAGUUGCUCAGACUGUGGUAAACGCUUCACUCAAAAGACAACCAUGCAAAGGCACAUGAGAACACACACAGGAGAAAAACCUUUUAAAUGCUCAGACUGUGGUAAACACUUCGCUUUAAAGACACACAUGCAAUCACACAUGAGAACACACAGUGGAGAAAAACCUUUUAGUUGUGCAGACUGUGGUAAACGCUUUGCUUUAAAGCCAUACAUGAAAUCACACAUGAGAACACACACAGGAGAAAGACGUUUUAGUUGCUCAGAUUGCGGUAAACGUUUCACUCGAAAGACAACCAUGCAAAGACACAUGAGAACACACACAGGAGAAAAACCUUUUAGUUGCUCUGAUUGCGGUAAACGCUUCACUGAAAAGACGCAGAUGCAAAGACACAUGAGAACACACACCGGUGAAAAACCUUUUAGUUGCUCAGACUGUGGUCAACGCUUCACUCAAAAGACACACAUGCGUCGACACAUGAGAAUACACACGGGAGAAAAACAGUUUGGUUGCUCAGACUGUGGUAAACGCUUCACUUUUAUGACAAAUAUGAAAUCACACAUGAGAACACACACGGGAGAGAAACCUUUUAGGUGCACAGACUGUGGUAAAAGCUUCACUCGAAAGGCAACCAUGCAAUCACACAUGACAACGCACACAGCCAGAACCGCUACUGGGGGUACGGCCGGCUUUCAGGGGGCCUUUGAAGGAUUUGAGUGAAUAACAUCAUGUUGGAUUUUUUUCUUAAUUUGCAGUGUUGAUUUGAUUUUGCUCAAACAAUCAUAUGUAAUGAAAGGGACUCAUUAAAUGAUUUUGUUGAUAUUGUUGUAUUACAUAUUGAUGGAAUAAAUGUUGACAAUAAGUGCAGUCAUGGAAGUAAUUUUUUGUUUUCCGAGAAAUGUUGUCAGGUAUUUUAUAUUAUUUCA